AUGGUGAUCCAAGUCCUCGGGUGGCUUUUACAGACUCAGGGAUUGAAAACUGAGUACCAUAGACAAGCAGCCUCAAGCAACUGCCCAUCAUUCAAGGAACUGGUGUCUAAAAAGGAACUACAGAAGAGAUCCUUCAAAAAGCCCAUAAUAAAUAAUGGGCAGUUGCGGCAACUAGUGACACGGUGUGAAAACUCUCGACUCGGGUUCCUUCUCCUGGGCCUCCUCCUGGCCUCCAGCUCGGUUCCUCCUCUGGGCCUUAUAGCUCGGUCCUCCUCCUGGGCCUCCAGCUCGGGUUUCUCCUCCUGGGACUCCUGUUCCUCCAGCUCGGCUCGGGUUUCCUCCUCCUGGGACUCCUUUUCCUCCAGCUCGGGUUCCUCUCUGGGCUCCAGCUCGGUUCCUCCUCCUCCUGGGCCUCCAGCUCGGGUUCCCUCCUCCUGGGGCUCCAGCUCGGGUUCCUCCUCCGGCCUCUCUGGUUCCUCUCCUGCCUCCAGCUCGGGUUCCUCCUCCUGGGCCUCCACUCCUGGGCUCAGCUCGGCUCGGUCCCUUCCUCCUGGGCCUCCUGUUCCUCCAGCUCAGGUUCCUCUCUGGGCCUCAGCUCGAGUUCCUCCUGGGCCUCCAGCUCGGGUUCCUUCCUCCUGGCCUCCAGCUCAGUCCUCCAUUCGGGUUUCUCCUCCUGGGCCUCCAGCUCGGGUUCCUCCUCCUGGGCCUCCUGCUCGGGUUCUGGCCUCCUGGGCCUCCAGCUCGGGUUCCUCCUCCUGGGACUCCUGUUCCUCCAGCUCGGGUUCCUCCUCCUGGGCCUCCAGCUCGGGCCUCCAGUGGCCUCCAGUUUCGGGUUCCUUCCUCCUGGGCCUCCAGCUCCGGGUUCCUCCUCCUGGCCUCCAGCUCGGGCUUUCCUCUCUUGGCCUCCAGCCUCAGUUCGGGUUCCUCCUCCUGGGUCUUCCUUCGGGUCCUCCUCCUGGCCUCCAGCUCGGGUUCCUCCCCUCCAGCUCAGGUCCUCCUCCUAGGCCUCCAGCUUGGGUUCCUCCUCCUGCCUCCAGCUCGGGUUCCCCUCCUGGGACUCCUGUUCCUCCAGCUCGGGUUCCUCCUCCUGGCCUCCAGUUCAGAGCUCAGGUCCUUCUCCUGGGCCUCCAGCUCCUCCCUGGCCUCCUGGGUUCCUCUCCUGGGACCUCCAGCUCGGGUUCCUCCUUCCUGGGCCUCCCUCGGUUCCUCCUCCUGGGCCCCAGCUCGGGUUCUCCUCCUGGGCCCCAGUUCGGGUUCCUCAGUUCGGGUUCCUCCUCCUGGGCCUCCAGGGUUCUCCUCCUGGGCCCCCAGUUCGGGUUCCUCUCCUGGGCCUACACUCAGCGUUCCUCCUCCUGGGCCUUCAGGGUUCCUCCUCCUGGGCCUCAGUUCUCCUCCUGGGCUUCAGCUCGGGUUCCUCCUGGGCCUCCUCCUGGGCCCCCAGCUCGGGUUCCUCCUCCUGGGCCUCCUCCUCGGGUUCCUCCUGCCUCCAGCUCGGCUCGGGUUACUCCUACUGGGCCUCCUCCUGUGCCUCCAGUUGGGGUUCCUCCUCCUAGGAGGAGAACAGAGAGCUACACAUACCUUGGUACUGCAGUCCUCUGGUCAGACCAGGAAGUCAGUAGACGGAGUGGUCUGACAGCAGGAAACAUGAACCCGGUCAGCAAGAAUAUUUGGAGCCUUACGCUAGAGAUCCUACUCUCCCUCCCUAGUUUACUAAGGAUCCUUCUAGUGCCCUGGAGUUGCGUCUCGAUGCCCUUUGUAACAAGUUCCUACGCCGGGUCGUGGGGCACAGCUGGCAGAACCAUGUCUAACCGCGCGACGAGGCGACGACUACACCGUGACACCUCGCCUUUCUAUACCUUCAGAGAAUAA